AUGGAGAAUAUGUACAUCAGCAACCCCAGAUUAUGGCGAUGGAAGACCACUAGUACUACUGAUCAAGAAGAAUUCCACGAGGCUGACAUCUGGGGAGCUUCUGCGCCACGUCACCAUAAUUCCGACGCCGAUUCCGAUUCAGAUUCUCCCAUCAUUAAUGUCGCCGCCGCCGCCGUAUCGAGGCGCCUCCCGACGGCGUCCAGAAUGAUCCCGAAAUCUAAUUCCGGCCACAAAAAGGAAGCUUCUUUACAGCAACAGGACCCUAAAAUGAUCCAACGGUCGGCUCCCCUCAACAUCCCAGAUUGGUCCAAAAUCUACGGCGGAUCCUACUCCGGCGGCGGCGGCGAGGGGUGCAGAAGCAGCAGCUGGGAGAGCGACGAGGAGGAGGAGGAGGCGGACGGAGAAGGGAAGAUAAUUCCGCCGCACGAAUGGGUGGCGGCGCGGCGGGUGGCGUCGUUCUCGGUGGUGGAAGGCGCCGGGAGGAAGCUCAAAGGAAGAGACCUGAGCAGGGUGAGGAACGAUGUUCUUACCAAAACUGGGUUUCUUGAACCCCAAUAA